AUGCUAAGGUUUCUAAUUGAACUUGAUCUGUCAACAAACAAUCUCACAAGUUCAAUCCCAGCUUCUAUAGGGAACUUAACUUACUUGACCAUUCUAUUCCUUUAUAAAAACCAACUUUCUGGGUCCAUCCCCCAAGAUGUUGGAAUGCUAAGGUCUCUAAUUGAACUUGAAUUGUCAACAAACAAUCUCACAAGUUCAAUCCUUGCUUAUAUAGGGAACUUGGCCACCUUAACCAUUUUACACCUUUUCAAAAAUCGUCUUUCUGGACCCAUCCCUCAAGAAGUUAGAAUGUUGAGGUCUCUAAUUACACUUGAUUUGUCAGCAAACAAUCUCACAGGUUCAAUCCCUCUUGAGUUAGGAAAACUAAACUCCCUAACUUAUUUCGCUUUGUAUGCGAACAAACUGAUAGGCUCCGUUCCUUCAAAAUUGGACAAUCUUACGCAUUUGCAAAUCUUUGAAAUAAGCAAUAACAUGCUCACAGGUCAUAUCCUGCCGAGUAUUUGCAUUGGAGGAUUACUUACCAAACUAGCUACAACAAACAACUGCUUAAUAGGUGAUAUCCCAAAAUUUUUGGGAAAUUACAGUCAGUUGUGUCGAGUUAGGUUUCAUCGAAACCAACUCACAGGAAAUAUAUUUGAAAUUUUUGGGGUACUCCCAAACUUGGUAUAUAUUGAUCUAAGUUAUAAUAACUUCUAUGGUGAACUUUCUAAAAAAUUGGGGCAGUGCCAUAAUUUGACUGGUAUAAACUUCUCCAACAAUAAAAUCUCUGGAAAUAUACCACUUGAGUUUGGAGAUGCAAGUCAGUUGCAACUACUUAACCUCUCUUCAAAUCAUCUAGAUGGAGAGAUCCCAAAGAGUGUAGGAAAGUUGGCCUUAUUGUUCAGUAUUUCUCUGAGUGAUAACAAAUUUUCAGGCAACAUUCCAGUAGAAUUUGGCAGGCUAUCUAAUUUGGAAGAUCUAAACUUGGCGGCAAACAAUCUAAGUGGAUCAGUUCCAAUCCAACUAGGGGAGCUUGUGAAACUGUGGAACUUGAAUUUGAGCGAAAAUCUACUCAGGAAGGAUAUUCCUUCUGAAAUAGGCACAUUACAAUUUCUUCAAAGCCUUGACCCUGGAAACAAUUUGUUUAAAGGUGAGAUUCCACAAUAG